GACCUCCGAGAGAAGCGCGAAGAGCUGAACCGCCAGAUCCUGAAGGAAGAAGAGGAUAAGGCGAAGAUCCAAAAGGAGCUCUCCAUCCUGACGGACCGACUUCAGAAGAUCAACGAGAGCUUGGUCAGGAAGACCCAGGCCCGGAACGAGUACGACAAGACCAUCCAGGAAACCGAGGCAGCAUACAUGAAGAUCCUGGAGUCCUCUCAGACGUUGCUACACGUGCUCAAGCGUGAAACU